AUGCCAUCGCUGCAGCUUCGAUUGUAUCAAUUUGACAGGCUGCUCGAAGAUAUGCUGCCUGUGCUACACGCGCACUUCUUGCGCCGAGGGAUCAAGAGCACUAUGUAUGCGAGUCAAUGGUUCAUGACAUUGUUUUCGUACAGAUUUCCAUUGGAUGUUGUGUAUCGGAUCUUAGAUGCUGUGUUUUCGGAAGGCAUUGAUGCCAUCUUCCGCUUUGCCAUUGCGCUCUUGCGCAAGAAUGAAGACACAUUACUAACACUCGACUUUGAACAUUGUCUGGACUUUGUGAAACUUUACCUUACAGAUGUUUACUGUGGCACGUCAAAGGACUCUGCACUGACGGCACGCCAAAUUUCCGAGCUUGUACGCGAUGCGUUUCAAAUCAAGAUUUCACAGUUCACUCUCGAUUCGUAUGCGAACGAAUUUUAUGAGCAGGCCAAAGCUGCGAGUGAGCGACAACUCGAAUCUGACGCACUUCGGCUCAUGAAUCGUAACCUACGCCUUCGAGUACAGUCACUAGAAGAGCAGUUGAAUCAUCUGAGCAACGAGCAUGUGGAUCUUGUGAAACGCGUCGUGACAGAAAAAUUAUCACAAGAGGAAAUGGCUGAAGAGCUCGUGCGCUACAAAGUUAUGUAUGCCGAAGCUGUGCUGCAGAAUGACAAGACCCGCUAUCGUAGCGACAGCUUUUGA